AUGGUCAAGCACGUCCACCACCGCGGCUACGUCCAUGGCAACCUAUGGAGCGCGGCGCUGUUCCCCGCCAGCGACGGCCGCGUGAAGGUCGGCGCGUUCAAGAACUGCCGACAGAUGGCGGCCGGCGCGGACCACCUGGACGCCCGGGAGGCCGCGAGCAUAUCGCCGCGCCAGCCGCGCUGGACGGCGCCCGAGGCGCUGCGGCCGGGCGGCGCGGUCGGGGCGGCGUCGGACGUGUACAGCUUCGGUAUUGUGAUGUACGAGGUGCUGACGUGGCGCAAGCCGUUUGGCGGGCUGGCAGAUGAAGAGGUGCGCACGGCCGUGGUGUCCCAAGGGCGGCGGCCGGCGCUGCCGCCGGACGGGGAGCUGCCCGGGGCGCCGGGGGGGCGGGCGCUGGAGCUCUACAGGGCCCUAAUGGAGGUCAGGGGGCGGGACUGCUGGGCGGCGGACCCAGGCGCGCGCCCGACGUUUACAGUGGUGGCCGAGCGGCUCAGGGCCGUCGCCCGCGAGGGCGCCCCCUCGGCGCCCUUCGGCCCCUUGAGCGGCGAUGGCGCCGCGUCCUGGCCCAGGCGCGCUCCGCCGCGCAGUGCGGAGGCGGACGGCGCGCGGCCCGCGGAGCGGGCCCGGAGCGCGCCUGCGGCCGCUGCUGCUGCCGCCGCGGCAGCCGUGGCGGCGGCGGCGGCGGCUGCGGCGGAGGAGGAGGAUACAGAGGCGGAGGCGGCGCAGCUGUCGACGCGCGGCCCCUCACUUAGCCGCCUGAGCCCGUUUGCGCGGGCCUCUGCACCGCCCGACGCGCUCGCGGCGGCCCUGGGGCCGCCCUCCCCAAACAGCAGCAGCGGUAGCAGCGGGUGGAGCGCGACCGACCGCUCAGAAAUAGACGGCGGCGGCGGCCUCUUCGGGGCCGACGCGUGGGGCGCGCCGCCGCCGCAGCCGGCCCCCGCCUCCGGCUCCGACUGCUGGAAUUCCAAUGACCCGAGCAGCGCAGGGACAAUAAGGACCGGGCCCUCAGUCCGGCUGGGCGCGGGCGCCGCGGCGGCCCUCAGCGGCGCGGCGGCGCUGGGUGCGCACGGCGCGGGGGAGGGGGACGGGCCGUUCUUUGAUGCGAUGGUUGUGGCGGCCAACCCCUGCUCGGGGGCCGCCAGCUUUUAG